CCGUUCCAGGCCCUAAACAGUAGUCGUUCCCCCAACCGCAACUCAGUUCAGUCCGACAUGAAGUUCAGUGCUGCCUUGGCUCUGCUGCUGAUCGCUGGCAUCGUGGCCAGCGGCGACGCCCUGCCCGCCAGGAAAAGAAUGGUCUACCUCCAGCAGCCCGCAGCCGCCGAGUGGUACGGAUCCGCGCCCCAGCAGCGAUUCAUGUACAUGCAGUACGUGCAGCCCGGCCGCACCCACGCCCGCUCCACCCAGGCGGCCAGCGCCCUGGUGGCCGGCGAGACCGUUGCCACCGGCACCUACCUGAAGGAUUGCAAUCACGCAGAGUCCGAGAUCAGCGCCGAGGGAGUUCAGGCCGAUGACGCCCUGGCUGCUGCCGGAGCCCACGGGGCCAGCUCCGUGGCCGAGGCCUUCCCCGACCAGGCCCCGGUUGUCCAGGUGGCUAUCGAUGCCGAUGUGGUGCCAGAGCCCCAGGCCGAGUCCGAGGCCGAUCCGGAGCCCGAGACCGCCGAUGACGCCGCCAAGGUCCCACGGGACUUCAACUUUGCUGCCGAGGAAGCCGCCGUCGCCCCCGCCGCCGAAGAGGAGCCUGCUGCACUGCCCGUCGCCGAGGCCGAGCUGCCCGUCCCCGCUCCCAUUGCUCCAGUCGCCUCCGUCGUGCCCGCCAACCGCUACCUGCCCGCCAAGAAGAAGGUGAUCGUCGAGCUCGACCAGGAGGAGGAGGAGCCCCAGGCCGCCGCCAUCGAGGACGAAGAGGAGGCUGAGAACGCCGUGGCCGACGAUGUGGAGGAGGACGAGGAUGAGCUGUCCGUGCCCGUUAAACCCAUCGUGCCCAACGCUCGCCGUCCCGCCGCCAGGAAGCCCGUCAAGGCCGCCGCUCCCGCUGGAGGCAAGCCCUCCAAGAAGCCAGCAGCCCCCCUGCCCGCUGGCACCUUCUUCCCCAUCGACUUCGGAGGCACCAACGGCGGCGCCAUCGCCAUCGCCAACUCGUUCAGCACCGGCGAGGGUGGAUCCGCCACCAGCCACGCGAUCGCCUACGGCUCCCCCGAGUCCGCCGUCCGCCGCGCCCGUCCCAAUCCCAGCAAGUUUCGCCAUUAAUCCCCGGACUGACGAUCAACCACAUCUUGCUGGCGCCCCGCACCUGCGAGGGCACCCCAUUCAAAUCAGUCUAAAAAGAUU